CGCAAGGCCCUAACACUAAAGAACUAAAGUAGACCUCUCUCCGAUAGCACUCCUGCCCAAGACGACCUCUUCUCUACAUAGCCGCUAUCUUUUCUCUGUGCAACAGUCCCAUAAUUGUCAGGAGCCUGUUUUGCUGCUUUACUUCCAGCCUCAGCAACACUUAUAUGGCGACCACAGAGGGUGCAACUGAGUCCAUUGACUCAAUAACUUUCAGUUUCUUAACAGACGAAGAGGUUCGAAAGCAUAGUUUUGUAAAGAUCACGAACCCCAGAUUGCUUGAUCUUGUGGAGAGGCCUGUUCCUGGUGGGCUAUAUGAUCCAGCUCUGGGGCCAUUAAGUGAGAGGACAAUUUGUAAGGCAUGUGGCCAGAGGUCAACCAAUUGCCCUGGCCAUUGUGGCCACAUUGAUCUUAUUUCUCCAGUUUACAACCCACUGCUCUUCAGUUUUCUUCAUAAACUUCUGCAAAGAACCUGUUUCUUUUGCUAUCAUUUUAGAGUACAGAGGGGCCAGGUUGAGAAAUGUGUAAAACAACUGGAACUCAUCGUAAAAGGUGAUAUUGUUGGGGCUAAGAGAUUAGAUUCAGUCUCGCCGAGUGAAGCCUUGUAUCCAGAGGACAGUGAUGGUAGCCAUGAAUCUUGUUCUACAAUUCAUUCUGGAGCACUGUAUCACAAUGUUGAGCAUAUGAAGCAGCAAGGAUGGACGUCCCUUCAACUUUCUGAAGCAAUGUCUGUUUUGAAUAAUUUUCUGAAGGCAAAAUUUAAGAAGUGUAAGAACUGUGAGAGGGCAAAUCCUAAUAUUACCAAACCUACUUUUGGAUGGUUCCACACGAGUGGUAUGUCAGAUGCCAGUAUUAGAGCAAAUGUGAUUAGAGCCAGCAAGCUAGGAGGGCCAUUAUCUGGUGAAAGCGAAGGGAUGACGGAUGUAGAGGAUACAGCUGGACCUCCAGAAAACCAAGAUACUGGUAGAAAGAGGCAUAAGAAAAAAGGUGGGCAAGUGUCACUUGAGUUCACUAAGCAGAAAAGUGUUUUUUCCAGGCAGCUUUUACCAUCAGAGGUUAAAGACGUAUUAGAGCUUUUAUGGGAAAAUGAGGCUCGUCUUUGCUCGUUCAUAACUGAUCUUCAGCAGCAAGGAUGUGAAAAGAAAAAAGCAGGGCCUUCUAUUUUCUUUUUAGAGACCAUUUUAGUACCUCCCAUCAAAUUCCGGCCGCCAACAAAGGGAGGUGAUUCUGUGAUGGAGCAUCCUCAGACUGUGUUGUUAAGCAAGGUGCUGGAAUCCAAUAUAUCUUUGGGAGAUGCUCAUAUUAACAAAGAACAUUCGAAAAUAGUUAGGCGAUGGAUGGACCUUCAGCAAUCCAUAAACAUGUUGUUCGAUAGCAAAACUGCCAAGGGUCCUGGUCAAAGGGAUGUGGCUUCUGGAAUAUGUCAGUUGCUUGAGAAGAAGGAGGGCCUUUUUCGCCAAAAAAUGAUGGGAAAAAGGGUUAAUUAUGCAUGUCGGUCUGUUAUCUCCCCAGAUCCCUAUUUAGGUGUUAAUGAAAUUGGAAUCCCUCCAUGCUUUGCGGUAAAGUUAACUUAUCCUGAGAGAGUGACUCCCUGGAAUGUUGCCAAGUUGAGGAAUGCUGUGAUCAAUGGAUCUGAAAGUCACCCUGGAGCUACACACUACAUAGAUAAGUUGUCUAUUAACAAACUACCACCUACCAGAAAAGCUCGGAUUUCCAUUUCACGGAAAUUGCCUUCCUCAAGAGGAGCUGUUGCACAACCUGGGAAGAAUUCUGAUUGUGAAUAUGAAGGCAAGAUUGUAUAUCGCCAUUUGCAAGAUGGAGAUGUUGUUCUUGUCAAUCGACAGCCUACACUUCAUAAGCCCAGUAUAAUGGCACAUGUUGUUCGUGUGUUGAAGGGGGAGAAAACACUUCGUAUGCACUAUGCAAAUUGCAGCACAUACAAUGCUGAUUUUGAUGGUGAUGAAAUGAAUGUUCAUUUUCCACAAGACGAAGUUUCUCGUGCUGAAGCUUAUAACAUUGUCAAUGCAAAUAACCAAUAUGUCAGGCCUUCCAAUGGUGAACCACUUAGAGCCUUGAUUCAGGACCAUAUUAUUAGUGCUGUACUUCUUACAAAGAAGGACACUUUUUUAAGCCAAGAUGAGUUUAAUCAAUUACUUUAUAGUUCUGGGGUGUCCACUUCUGUGCCAAGUUCUUUCCAUGGUAGACCUGGGCAUAAAGUUUUGUGGUCACAAUCUGAAGGUGAGAUUGACACCGUUCUGCCAGCAAUAUGGAAACCAGAGCCUCUUUGGACAGGAAAACAGGUCAUCACUGCUGUGUUAAAUCAUAUUACAAGGGGUCAUCCACCAUUUACAGUCGAAAAAGAUGCCAAAAUUCCAUCUAAUUUUUUUAAGAGUAGAGCCAAUGAAUAUAAGCCCUGUGAGAAAAAGAAGUCGGGUGAAGAUAAGGAAAAGAAGUCUGUUGAAGAUAAGGACCAGAAAUCUGUUGAAGGCACUCCUGAGAAAAAUGAGCCUGAUGAAGAGAAGUUGUUCGUUUACAGGAACGAACUGGUUCGAGGUGUGAUUGACAAGGCUCAGUUUGGUGAAUAUGGUUUGGUGCACACAGUUCAUGAACUUUUUGGCUCAAACACUGCAGGCAUUUUACUCUCUGUAUUAAGUCGUCUAUUCACUGCUUAUUUGCAGAUUCAUGGUUUCACGUGUGGAGUGGAUGAUCUUUUGAUAAUGAAAACUCAAGAUGAUGAAAGGAAGAAGCAACUUGAAAGCUGUGAAAAGAGUGGGGAAUCAGUUCAUCGUAAUUUCAUUGGAAUCAAGGAUGAAAACAUUAAGAUGGAUCCAUUGGAAUUGCAAUUGAAUAUUGAAAAAACUAUACGCUGCGAUGGAGAUUCUGCCUUGUCAUAUUUGGAUAGGCAGAUGAGUAAUGAACUUAAUACUAAAACAAGCUCGGGGAUCAUCAAUAAGUUGUUGUCUGAUGGCUUACUAAAACCAUCUGGAAAGAAUUGUAUCUCUCUAAUGACUACAUCUGGUGCUAAAGGUAGCAAGGUGAAUUUCCAACAAAUUUCUUCUUUUUUGGGCCAACAAGAAUUGGAAGGCAAAAGGGUCCCUCGAAUGGUGUCUGGAAAGACGUUACCCUGCUUUCAUCCAUGGGAUUGGGCAGCUCGUGCUGGAGGCUAUAUUAUUGAUCGUUUUCUUACUGGUCUUCGUCCACAAGAAUAUUAUUUUCAUUGCAUGGCUGGUCGUGAGGGGCUUGUUGAUACAGCAGUCAAAACAUCUCGCAGUGGAUACCUUCAAAGAUGCCUGAUUAAAAAUCUCGAGUGUCUGAAAAUUGGCUAUGAUCAUACAGUUCGUGAUGCUGACGGAUCAAUCGUUCAGUUUUAUUAUGGGGAAGAUGGCGUGGAUGUUCAUCAAACAAGCUUUGUUGCAAAAUUUAAAGAAUUGGCAGUGAAUCAAGACAUGAUUCAGAAAAGAUGUGGUGGUCAGCUUGGCACAUUUAAUACUUAUAUUUCGGAAUUGCCUAAAGCUCUUAAAGAUAAAGCAGAUAAAUUCCUUGAUGAUUUUUCUCUAAUGGGGCGAGUGGCAUCUAAUUUAGUGAAACGUGAGGAUUUAUAUAAUUUAAUGAAGCAGAAGUUCCUCUUGAGCCUUGCACAGCCUGGAGAACCAGUUGGUGUGCUAGCUGCUCAGUCUGUAGGAGAACCAUCAACGCAGAUGACUCUGAAUACCUUCCAUCUGGCUGGGCGAGGUGAAAUGAAUGUCACACUUGGAAUUCCUCGUCUCCAGGAGAUCCUGAUGACUGCUUCAAGUGAUAUUAAAACACCAAUUAUGACCUGUCCCCUGCAAAAGGGGCAAAGAAAGGAGGAUGCUGAGUGUCUUGCUGAUAAAUUGAAGAAGAUCACUGUGGCAGACAUAGUGGAGGAUAUGGAUGUAUCUGUUACACGGAUGUCUACUCAGGAUAGUGAUAUUUGUAAAAUUUAUAAGCUUAAGAUGAAGCUUUACAGACCUGCACACUACCCACAAUAUGCCAAUGUAUCAGUAGAACAUUGGGAAGAAACGUUAGAGGUUGUUUUUGUAAGGGAGUUAGAGGACGCUAUACAAAAUCAUAUGCUUUUGCUUUCUAGAAUUAGUGGCAUCAAAAAUUUUUUGCCAGACUCACGGUCAAGGGCUCCAAGUGAGGCAGAUGAAGAUUAUUCUGGAGAUAGAUUACAAAAGGGAGAAAAUGAUGAGGAUAAUGAUGAUGAUGAUGAUGGUGAAAGGGCCGAGGAUCUUGGUUUAGAUGCAGAGAAAAGAAAGAUUCAAGCUACAGAUGAGAUGGAUUAUGACGAUGGCUUUGAGGAGCAUCUGAAUGAUGGGGAGUCUACAGCCAGCGAGGAGUCUUCUGGAUUUGAAAGCGAAAUUGACCAGGGUGAUAAUGAGAUUGACAUUAGAAAGGAUGCUAUGCUUGACAAUGAAGCCUCAGAAAGUCCACUACAUAGGAAGCCCUCAAAGCCCAACUCAAAGAACACAGGUGAAAUCCAUUCCAAACCCAAGUCAAGGGAUAAGAAGAAUAAACAAAAGGCCAAGCAGAAGAAUAGGCCGAAAUUAGUGAAAAAGGACUUUGAUAGAGCAAUCUAUGUGGAAGCCAAGGGAAUGCACUUUGAGGUCCACUUUAAAUUCAUCAAUGAGCCUCAUAUUUUGCUGGUUGAGAUUGCUAAGAAGACGGCGAAGAAGGUUUAUAUCCAGAACCCUGGGAAGAUUGAGCAAUGUCGAGUGACUGAUUGCAAAGAAAAUCAAGUGAUUUACUAUGGGGAAAAUCCGAAGGAAAGGGUUGAUAUUAAGCCUACAGAAAAAGGAAAGGUUCCUGCAUUGCAUGCAACUGGGGUGGAUUUCAAUACUUUCUGGCAAAUGCAAGAUCAAUUGGAUGUUAGGUAUCUAUAUUCCAAUAACAUUCAUGCUAUGCUGAGAACUUACGGAGUGGAAGCCGCCAGGGAAACCCUUAUUAGAGAGGUAAAUCAUGUAUUCAAGUCUUAUGGUAUUUCUGUCAGUACUCGGCAUUUGUCACUUAUUGCUGACUUUAUGACCCAUUCUGGUGGGUAUCGUCCAAUGAGCCGUCUUGGGGGCAUAGCAGAGUUGACAUCGCCUUUUAGUAAAAUGUCUUUUGAGACAGCCUCUAAAUUCAUUGUUGAAGCAGCACUGCAUGGUGAAACCGACAACUUGGAGACACCGUCUGCUAGGAUAUGUCUUGGAUUACCAGUGAAAAUGGGUACUGGUUCUUUUGAUUUGAUGCAAAAACUGGAAAUUUGAUGUUUAUUUUAAUUUCUUAAGGAUGCUGAUUCUGAUGAGCUUCCUGUCUUAUUAAUAUAUAGACAAGGUGUAUAAAUUUUUCUCCUAAUUAAUAUGAUUAUGCAUUGUUCAAGAUUUCA